AAGUUCAUUAUGUCAGUCCUUUAGCACGUAAAAUUGUUGAUUUAGCUGCUCCCAUCUUUCAACACGUAGCCAACGGCAAGUCUACCUCAUUUACCAUGAAACGCAGGUCUUUCGCUGAGCCCCACUCCAGUCUGGGACUGUUCGCACAACACCACGCGAGCACCAAUUCACCGAGCAGUGCGAACGGUGCCACUGGCGGAGCCGUGCAGCAAUGGAUCAGUGUAGCGGACGGAGCCAACAAACCACGCCGGAGCCCGGGGAGGACAGCACGGCGUUUCUCGGCGUUCGUCGGUACUAAUAUUGGGCUAGCGGCUCGAAGAGGGUCCGCGAUGCCAGUUCUUCAGCAUGAACCCGAGUUCGAAGCCUCAACGAAGUCCCAGCAGGUUCUGGGACUAAGAAACGAGGAAUGGAACCGAGUCCAGAGCAAAGUAUUAUCAGUAUUCAACAAAAGAAGAUUACAACCCGGUGAACUAUACGAACUGAACAAAUUGGUCAAAGUUGCAAUCAAAUCUGAAAUCGGGUCAUUUAUAUCGGAAUAUUAUAAGAAAAAUCUGUUACAACGAGGAAUGAAAAGUCUUUAUGACUCACUCGAUAACGAUGGAGGUCAAGGCUUACUUUCCAGUCUAGCCGAGCUUUGGAACUACUUCUUCACGGAGAUACUGCCAACGUUGAGGGCGAUAUUCUACCCAGUCCAGACCAAAGGCCAUACGAUGUAUCAGCUUUCAUUACUUGGAUUCCGUGAUCACGUGGUACUACAACUGCCAUUAAAAAAGGCAUUAUCGUCGUGCAACGAGAGUGAGAUCCCGCCCGAGAUCACCCAGAUGUUGCUCAACCUCCACGCGGUCCACGACGGCGGGACUUACGCCACCACACCGUCAGAAGAAUACGUUCAACUCGAGGCCAUACUCGCAAAGGUCGUCUGUCCGUUCCUCGGCUCAAAGGGGUUGUACCUACGGAUGGGCGAGGACGACCCCGCCGUUCCCGCCCGCGACCCCAAUGCCAAAGAAGAUGGUCAGGGAACACCGGGGAGUAAUAGCAGCGGAACACAAGGGCGUAAAUACGACCGACAACGAUCCCUGCAGAGGCUUAGCCUCCAAAUACAGCCGUCCAACAUGGAUUACCUCGCGAACACGUCGGGUGGGUCCACGCCUUCAUCGCCGUCGUCCCACGCACGUGAGAAUGUGGCUGCCAGGAGACUACAGAUGACUCAUCAGAGGAGGGGUAGCGCCCUCGUUCUCAGUUCGCUGGAGACGCUGGAAGAAGUCGACCGCUCGGGUUUUGUCGGAUCUUGUCGGGAGAGGAGACGGUCGAAAUCGGAAAUCGAGUUUGACGGGAGGAGAUAACGGCAGUGUACAUUCAAAGUUAUUUUCUUCCAUGUACGAUUAUAAGAGCACUGCUAUAAAAGCUUCCUGUUGAACGUAGAUUGUCAGAGGUAUACCUUAUCCGAGACCAAGCAGCGGAUAUACAAAUAUUUAUAACGUUACCUUUUGUCAAAAUUGGACCAAACUUGUUAAAAGUGUGAUCAUGAAAUAUGAACAAUUCUGAUAUCUCUCUCUCUCCCUCUGUUAACCUCUCCUUAACUCAUUACACCGAACAUUUACUAAUUAUUAUUACUAACAAAGUGAUUGCAAAGUGUUACGAUUCCUUUCUCCUAAUUUGGCUACCCUUUCAGAAAUAUAUUAUCACAAAGCUAAUGGCAUUUGGGUUAAUGAUAACAUGCAGAUCAUUGAUUUAGAGGGUUUUCUUUUGCUUGGAUACUGGUGUGCAUUCCCUGAUACUAGUUUGUCUGUCUAUCGAUUGUAUACGCAAUAUCAUUUGCAAUGGAUGUAUUCUUGCAUAUGGCUAAUUAUAAAGGGAAAAUAUGGGGCUAUCUGUAAUCGUUACAUUUUGGGCUCUCUUUGCAAUAAAUCGUGCACAAACAGCACAUUCUGCACCUCUACAUCUCUGUUUUUAGGUCUACUUUAGGAUUAAAACAAACUCAAACCUAGACAAGUAUUAUGAUGAACAGCGUCCUCUGUCGUCCUUUUUGUUAUACUUUUUUGGGGGUUUCUUUUCGUAUGCCAUGAUAGUGAUAUUUUUGUAGGUCUCACUAAAACAGUAUGUUAAUCUUUCGCGGUUUCGAGAAGGUGUUUCCAAAUCAAAUGUGUAUUCUUGAAGAAAAAAAAUAAUGGUAGUUUAGGCUCCUCACUUGUGUAAGCUUUAUAUAGAAAUCCAACUUUCACGAAAAAGGUGAGCGACCCAAAGUGUCAUAACACUCAGCUGCUGGUAUUAUGUCUACGAGAAAGUAAUCGCAAUAUUGUCGGCAGUCUUUUAAAAUCAAUUUAGUAGAAAUAAAUAUCUCCAUGCGAUGCCAAUGAUUGUAUUUCUUUCAUAAUUCUCCCUUAUAUAAUAUAUUAUAAAGAUAUAGUUCUUAUUCCUGGGUUUCAUUUCCCAAAACAUGUCAUCAGUAACAGAUGACAGUUUUUGUUAUAACUAUAAGCUAGUGCAAUCCUUGUUUCUGAUUUUUGUCAUUUUCAUGGAACCAAAUGCUUUGUGAAACGAGUCCCAGGUACAAUGUUUAGUUAAAAUCCAUUUUCAUAUGUUUUUCGCAAAUAUCGCGAUAAAUUGGGAAUCGAACAAAGUAGACAAAUAUAAAUUUGUAUUUUAGCACCGUGGUUAGGUUGUUCAUUUUCAUUGUUUGACGAUUAUGUAAUCAAAUCUUUCUGAUGGUAAUGUACUUUGUCAAAAUAUUCGCUGAAAAAAAUGCUAUAUUUCUUGAACCGUCAUAUAACUUGCAAACCUGUAUAAGCGACCACCUCUCUAUCGUAGUAAAACUGAUACAAAACAAAAACAUUUUUUUGUUUCUAACUUGGCAAGACACCAAUCCUUCAAUAUAAUAUGAUGUUUAGUUAUUUCCUUCAAUUUUCUUUGCUUUACUAGGGAUAAUUAUAUUCCUCUUGGUGUCUGGCAAGGUCGGCAGUGCCGAAGGCUCUAUCAUAUCGUUUCCUAUAAGCCAGAAGGGCACCUUUUUCAAUUACUUUGACUUAGAGGUAACGCCCCUCUAGCACCUAGCAGACGAUAUUUAUAAAAAGAUGACUGUGUGUGAGUUAUCCAAAAUAUGAUGAACAAAAAAAUAAUUUGUUAUUUGUAUUGGAGGAGAAGAGGAAUAUCAUUAUGUUACAUUCAAGUACAUGUAGAUGUAUUAUUAAACCAUGCAUUGGGGAUAUUCAUCCUCUAUAUAGAUUAGGCCUAAAAUGAAAUCCAUAUUUUUGUGUCUCUAACAUAAGAUUUAAAACUGUAACAUCCAGUUGAAUAUGCAAACUUUAACUCGUCUCAAUGGAUUAAAAAAAAAGAAAUCUCCUUUUCAUGAGGAAUGGAGUUAAGCAGAGAGGCUGUAGCUCUGAAAAAAUAUUGAAUAAGAGAAUUUUGAACAGACCCAUUCCAAAAGCAUAUGAUUAAUUUGGAGGGCUUACUUAAUUCCAUUCGUCCUUUUUUUGUUAUCAAAUCUGUUCAUUAAACAGCUAAUUAAACAUAAGGAGAAAGAAAAUUAAUAUCACAAUCUCCGAGUGAGGAUCACUUAUUUACCUUUUGAUGACUUAAGUUUAAAAUUACCAAAUAAAUGAAUGUGUGGAUAUUUUAUCUGUCAUCUACGACAUUUAAACUGAUGGCCAUUUAUAACAUCGUCUAUUUGUAGCUAGACUAUUAAUUGUUAUCAUACAGAUCCGAAUUAAUGCAUUAAUUUGUACCAUAUGAUUGUACCACUGUCCUUUUUAUGUUCCUCGUAUCUCACUUCGAAAAAUGGUUAUGCAACUAUUUAAUUUUAAGAUGCCAAAUAUAUUGAUUUAUACGAAACUUGUUGUGUCAUCAAGUAUAUUGCAAUUAUUAUACUUGUCUUAUAACUAUGUCCUAUUUUUAUGACCUUAACGUCUUGAAGACGUUAUCAAAUGCAGUUUUUAGAUAAUUUCUGCUAUAUAUGAAAUGCUUUUUGAUCUAUGUACAGAGAUGAAUUAUAGAAGAUAGUAAAGAGAAAUAUAUGUGUAUAUAAUUAUGAUGUAUUUUGCUUUUAUCUGAUGUCUACGACAUCGAAAUCUAAGAAAGUAUUCCAAGAAAAAAAUAAGAAGAUUAUUGAAAUAAAAUGGCUUACAAAAACUUCAAA